AUGGUCCAGCUCACUACUGUCCUUUGCAAGGCCUACCAUGGAGGCCACUUAACCAUCUGCCUUGCGCUCGGUGGCUGUACCAACAGGCCUUUCUACCACAUCGUGGCUGCUCACAACAAGUGUCCCAGGGAUGGCCGUUUUGUAGAGCAGCUGGGCUCCUAUGAUCCAAUGCCCAGCAGUCAUAGAGAGAAACUCGUUGCUCUCAACCUGGACCGGAUCCAGCAUUGGAUUGGCUGUGGAGCCCACAUUUCAAAGCCUGUGGAAAAACUUCUGGGUCUUUCUGGCUUUUUCCCUCUGCACCUGAUGGUGAUCACAAAUGCUGAGAGGCUGCGAUGGAAACAGGCACGAGAAGUCCUCUUAGCAGCUCAGAAAACAGAUACAGAGGCUACAGAAACAAAAGAGAACUGAC